ACUUUUCUCCCAGACUCGUAUUAACUGCGUAGCAUUUAACCAUGUCUGGCUCAACAAAGGAUACCACGAAAAAUAAAGAAGAAUCUGAACCAGUGUAUCUCCAGCCUAAAGAUAUUACUAAGUUAGCCAACAUUCUUUUGGAAGAUAUGUUUCUUCUACAGAAUUGGGAAACGUUAUGCGGCCCACUUGAAAUUACGACACAUAGUCAACUUCUUUGGAGGCGAAAGAUUACCGUCGGAGUUUUUACAUUCCACGAUCUAAUCAACGAAAUUCUUACCGAGUGGGUUGCGAAGGGGACCCGAACUGUACCAGAACUUGUAGAAAUUUUAGCCGAUUGUGAAUUUAAAAUGACUUCAGAAAAUGUGAGGCGAUUAAGUAAAAAGUAAAUGGGCCCGACGGAAGAUUGAUGGAGACCAACCACAAAACAAACUUUACAAGGACAGAAAUUAAGGAAGAAAUGCAUCCCUCAAGAACGACGAUGCAUUUGUACACAUAUACAUUUAUUAAAUCUCUAUCGUGUCUAGAACAAGAUAAUGUAUUUAUUUUGUAUUUAUAUUAUUGAAUAAUUCGGAGAUUAAAUUAGUGACGGUAACUUGUUUGCUUAUAAUAAUUGCUUAGGAUUAGCCGAGUAUAUUUAUCGCGAAUAAAGAAAUAACCGCAGGAAAACAAUGUAAAUUUGAAAUGGGUAAACAGAAGCUUUGGGCUGAUUUUAAGAUGCUUACUUCAAAUCUUCAAUAAAUUUUCUCAACAUAAA